UUUGCACUCUACCAUCUUUCUUUUUCACAGUCCAUCUCCUUCCCUACUAGGUCAUUCAUCAUCCUCUUUCUUCUGCACCUCACUUCACCUCUCCGAGGAGGUUUCUGCAUGUCGCCGCCUCUUCUUCCUCCUCCUUCUCUCCUUCAUCCCAUACCUAUCUCCUCUUGCCAUUUGAACUCCGUGAAGGUUUUCUUAUGGCUUUAAAGCAUGCGGCGGAGAAUUUCUCUAAGUCGCUCAAGGAGGAAGUGCAAAGAUGGGGAUCGAUGAAGCAGACGGGGGUUAGCCUCAAAUACAUGAUGGAGUUCGGCUCGAGGCCCAAAGAUAAGAAACUCUUGAUUUCGGCGCAGUUUCUGCACAAGGAGCUCCCCAUAAGGAUCGCGAGGAGGGUAAUUGAGCUCGAGAACUUACCCUUCGGUUUGUCGCAGAAACCCGCGGUUCUGAAGGUCAGAGACUGGUAUGUGGAUUCUUUUCGUGACCUUCGUUCGUUUGCGGAAAUCAAGGAUAGAGAUGGUGAAUUGGCAUUCACAAAAAAGAUCAACAUGAUCAAGGUGAGACAUAACAAUGUGGUUCCGGCAUUGGCUUUGGGCGUACAACAGUUAAAAAAAGAUUUGGAUCCCACUUUUGUUCCCGAAGAUCUCAACGAAAUACAUCAGUUUCUCGAUCGUUUCUACUUGUCAAGGAUUGGUAUUCGGAUGCUUAUAGGGCAGCAUGUGGCCUUGCAUGAUCCUGAUUCUGAACCAGGGUGUAUCGGUCAAAUAAAUACGAAACUUUCGCCAAUGCAAGUUGCAAGAAUUGCCAGUGAGGAUGCACGAAGUAUAUGUUAUCGGGAGUAUGGAGAUGCGCCUGAGGUUAACAUUUAUGGAGAUCCAAACUUUACUUUUCCGUAUGUUCCCUCACAUUUGCAUCUUAUGCUAUUUGAGUUGGUUAAGAACUCUUUACGUGCGGUUCAGGAACGUUUCAUGGAUUCUGAUAAAGCUGUUCCUCCUAUAAGAAUUAUUGUUGCUGAUGGUAUAGAGGACGUUACUAUAAAGAUUUCAGACGAAGGAGGUGGCAUUCCUAGAAGUGGACUUCCAAAGAUAUUUACAUAUUUAUACAGCACUGCAAAAAAUCCAUUAGAUGAAAACCAGGAACUGAGUGAAGCAGUUAUCAUGGCCGGAUAUGGCUACGGCCUUCCGAUCAGCCGUCUCUAUGCUCAAUAUUUUGGUGGCGAUCUGCAAGUCAUCUCUAUGGAAGGCUAUGGAACUGAUGCUUACCUUCAUUUAUCUCGGCUGGGAGAUUCGCAAGAACCACUGUCAUAAAGCUCAAGCAAACCGGUCCAUUCCUUCUGUGGAAGCCAUUUUAGCCCGCACUGGAAGC